AUGGCUAUAGUAGAUCAAAGGCGACCAGCACUUACACGCGACAUACUAUGGAUAACAGUCAACGGAACAACCAUCGUAAACUUCUACCGACAACCCUCCCACGAUGCCGCACUCAACGUUCUGUUGCGGUGGUCACCACCGGAGAGGUGUUUGGUAGCGGGCGACUUCAACGCCAAGCAUUACUCUUGGCAAACAGGUAGAUUAGUAGACCGUGGAGAAGACAUUGCCUCCUGGGCAGCCCAAAACGGCCUCAAUCUCUUGAAUACCGCAGAUGUUCCCACGAAUCCUCACGGCAACACGAUCGAUCUGGCCUUCUCCAACAUUGCAUUGGCAGCCGCAGUUGUGGAGGAUCACCUGGCAACCAGCUCUGACCACUUCACCCUCAGCCUCACGCUGCCGGACAUUGCCCUCAUCUCCCCACAGGUGCCGGGCAAAGUUCGCGUCACCACCGAAGACGAGCUGCAGCGCUUCAAAGAACUCGUUCUGGCGGGUGCAAAACGAAUAACGCAGAACAAUGCAACAGUAUCGGAGCUAGACACUCUUGCUACAGCACUGGUUGAUCUUCUCCAAUCGGCAGCCACUGCCGCCGGUCGUCCGGUCCGGAAGGGAACGCGAAGUGCGCCAUGGUGGACUGAAGAGUGUGCUGGCGCAGCUGCGGAGUACCGUGCUAUCAGAAGGAUCUUCCCUCUGGGAUUCAAUCGGGACGUACAACUUGCAAGAAAAGAGUUCCAACGUGUGGUUCGCCGAGCCAAGCGCCAGUACUGGCGUAACCUCAUCGACGGAUUUUCGGACAGCGCAACAGUCUUCAAGGCAGUUCGAUGGCUCAAGGCUCCUGGAGCUUUUCAACCACCGCCUCUCCAGGUCGGAGACGAGGUGUAUGAAUCUCAAUUUGACAAAGCGAAUGCUCUGAGACGCAGCACUCUGGAGCGUCGCACAGCAGCAGAUGACAUCUCAGAUCCAUGGAUUCCAGUCAGCCCAUCUCGUGUGAUACCAUUUGCCCAAGAAAUCACACUACAGGAGGUGGAAGAUGCCACUAUCAAGACGGGCAACACCUCACCCGGAGCAGACAAUAUCACGGUCAAGCUGCUGCAAGCAGUAUGGGACAUCAUAGGUGGGCACGUUCGACGCCUCUACGAGGGGUGUCUUGAGGCAGGCCACCACCCGGAAGCCUUUCGGGAAGCAGAAGUAGUCAUGAUUCCCAAGCCAGGGAGGAGAGAUCUGUCGAAGCCUAGGGCAUGGCGCCCCAUCUCACUCCUCUCCUGUCUUGGGAAAGGCCUCGAGCGCCUUAUCGCUCGCCGUCUAGCAUGGGCAUCGAUAAACUACGGAGUCCUCCAUCCGCAGCAGGCUGGGGCUUUGCCAAAAAGAUCGGCCGUUGAUCUGGUCGCAGCAUUGGUUCACGACAUCGAGGAAGCACUCGCACGCGGGCAAGUGGCCACAUUGGUCACUGCCGACAUUCAAGGAGCCUUCGACUCGGCCCUCUGCAACCGCCUUGUUUUGCGGCUCCGCCAACAAGGCUGGCCUGAUUAUCUUGCACGAUGGGCAGGCUCCUUCAUGAGCGGCCGUUCCGCCAGGGUCAGAUAUCAAGACAUCACCACAUCGACGACUCCUCUGCAGUGUGGCCUUCCACAAGGAUCGCCUGUAUCCCCGAUCCUAUUUCUGUUGUACACGGAACCGGUUUAUCGCCUGGGUGAACCCGAGGGAAGGUUCGGCUACGCAGACGAUACAGCAAUUCUCUGCACAGGGAACUCAGUGGGCGAAACUGCCAGGAUGGCGUCAGCGUAUAUUCAAGAGCUCGUGGACUGGGGCGCCGCCAACGGCAUUUCAUUUGACCCGGACAAAACAGAAGUUAUGCACUUUUCAUUGAAAACACGGGAAGCCAGGCCGCCAAUCCGGCACGGCGACGCCGUAAGGCACCCGGAAAAGGCCAUGCGCUGGUUGGGAAUCUGGCUCGACAGCAAGCUAACAUUCAAGACUCACGUUGAGAAGUGGGCAGCCAAAGCUCAGGCGGUGGCUUGUCACCUGCGAAGUCUAGGCAAUACACGACGCGGUCCUUUGCCGAGCGCUGUACAGAGGGCUGUUAGAGCCUGUGUCGAACCAGUUCUGCUAUUUGGAACGGAAGCCUGGUACCCUGGCUCAGGGAGCCCGCGCUGGAGACAGCCAGCGAAAGAAAGAUCGUCCCGAAUCCAACAGCUUGUGAAGAAAAUGACCAAGGCCAUCAAACAAGCCAUCCGCGCUAUUCUCCCGACUUGGAAGACGACACCAACCACAAUUCUGCACCGGGAAAGCGGCAUACCGCCGAUUCUUCAACUGCUCGAGGCGAAACGACUGCGUUUCUCUGCUCGUAUCAAGUCCUUGGAUAAAGAACAUCCUCUAGCAAAACGCACCGCCGAGGUGACGCCACCGCCCAUUAUCAGAAGUAUUAAGUUGAGGUACCAGCGUCCACCCAAAACCUUCCCAACUCGACUCCGAAGAACCGACAGGCUGCUCGCAAAUUGCCAACGGCCUGUGCUGCUCCCGCAUAUAUACAACUCCGAGACACAGCAGCCGCUACAGACUGCAUCCAAAGAAGACUCCGCCGAGGACUUCGACAAGUGGCUCCAAUCCAUCCCCCCAUCUACACUAGUUGUAUACUCAGACGGCUCACUGUCCGAGAAGGGCGCUGCCGGAUACGGCUAUGCCGUUCACCAACGUGAUCACUCCAUUUGUCAAGGCGCAGGACGCCUCGGCCCUGCCGAGGUGUUUGAUGCUGAGGCCAGAGGAGCUCUGGAAGGCCUGAAGGCCGCGCUGAGAUUGCCCCAAUCCGCUUCACAGAAUAUAGUUGUCUGCCUCGACAACAUUGCAGCCGCCAGAUGCCUCCGGGGCCACCCUUCGGACUCUUCACAACGAGUCUUCCUCACUUUCCAAGCCUUGGCGAAGACUCACAGACAAACCGAAGUCCGCUGGAUACCCGGACACACGAAAAUUGCAGGAAACGAGCAGGCUGACGCGCUGGCGAAAGCAGGCUGCUCCGGACCAGAGCCCGUAGACGCUGUCCCAACACUGGCCUUCUUGCGUAGAACCGCCAAACUCAGACGGCUCACUGUCCGAGAAGGGCGCUGCCGGAUACGGCUAUGCCGUUCACCAACGUGA